GCCAUAACUUUUACCAUGACUUUUGUCACAACUUGCUUACGUGACAAGUUGUGACUGAUGGAGUAAAAAUGAUGAGUUCACAAUUUCCCUACUCACGACUUAUCAUAUAUGUAAGUUAUGACAAAAAUUGUGAUCCUAACAUUAUUUGCUGUCUCUUCUAAACAUCAGUAGUUUAGUGCCCUAGCCAUUGGUCUUACCAUCACCACUAAGUUUAAAAUGCUCUCCUGGGUCCGCUGAUCAUGCAAGGUAGCCUGAUAUGCGAGUUUACUGAGCCCUCGGAAUUCAAAUAGCCCGCCAAAAGUCAGCAAAUGAAACCCAUAAUUUAUAGAUUCUCCAUCUCUCAACCCAUAUGGAGAAAAACCCAGAGUCUAGCUUUUAGCCAUCUCAUUGAAACCAAGAAAGCUCAUGCCCAUGACUUUAAAUUAGGUACCUCAGCUGUUCAAUCGAGCAAAGCCAUACCAUAUCACUCUGAAUCAACCGCAUUCUUGGAUGCUCGUAAACUGUUUGACGAAGUGUCUGACUUGAGCGUGGUAUCUGCCACGGCCAUAAUUGGCCGCUUUGUUCGCCAGCACCGGUAUGAAGAGGCAAUAUAUCUCUUCUCAAGGAUGCUUGUGUCAAAUGUUAGACCCAAUGAAUUCACAUUUGGCACGGUAAUUCACUCAUCAACUGCACUAGGAAACUUUAAUAUAGGCAAGCAACUUCAUGCUUGCGCAACAAAGAUUGGCCUUCACUCAAAUGUCUUUGUUGGUAGUGCGCUUUUAGAUUUUUAUGUCAAGCUGAGUACCAUCGAGGAGGCUCAAAGAGCUUUUGAAGAUACCCGUGAGCCGAAUGUGGUAUCUUACACAACUUUGAUGGGUGGCUACCUGAAAAAGGAGAGGACUGAAGAUGCUUUUCGGGUUUUCCGAGAGAUGCCAGUGAGAAAUGUUGUUUCGUGGAAUGCUAUGAUUGGUGGGUGUAGCCAAAUAGGCCACAAUGAAGAGGCUGUCAAUCUUUUUAUUGAGAUGCUUAGAGAAGGGUUGAUGCCUAAUCAAUCUACUUUUCCUUGUGCUAUUAGUGCAGCUGCCAAUAUAGCAGCACUAGGAAUGGGCAGAAGUUUUCAUGCUUGUGCUGUUAAGUUCUUGGAUAAGCUCGAUCUGUUUGUUGGCAACUCUCUUAUUAGCUUUUAUGCCAAAUGUGGAUCCAUGGAAGAUAGUCUCUUGGUAUUCAAUAAACUUUCCGAAAGAAAUAUUGUUUCUUGGAAUGCUGUGAUAUGUGGUUAUGCACAGAAUGGUAGAGGAGAGGAAGCCGUGAACUUCUUUAAAAGGAUGCGGGACAUAGGUUGUAAACCUAAUAGUGUUACACUUCUUGGCCUAUUAUGGGCUUGCAACCAUGCUGGCCUUAUUGAUGAGGGUUACUCAUAUUUCAAUCAAGCAAGACUUGAAGACCCUAGCAUGCUAAUGCCUGAACACUAUGCUUGUAUGGUUGACUUACUCUCCCGCUCUGGGAGCUUCAGACAAGCUGAGGAGUUUCUUUGUGAAUUGCCAUUUGAUCCUGGAAUUGGGUUUUGGAAAGCAUUGCUUGGAGGCUGCCAGAUUCACUCAAAUACGGAAUUGGGGGAGUUCGCAGCACGAAAAAUCCUCACUUUGGAUCCUGAAGACGUGGCAUCAUAUGUAAUGCUAUCAAAUGCACAUUCUGCAGCUGGUAGAUGGCAGAGUGUGUCAACAAUAAGAAGAGAAAUGAAGGAGAAGGGCAUGAAGAGGAUUCCAGGUAGCAGUUGGAUUGAAAUCAAAAGCAAAGUUCAUGUCUUUGUAACUGGGGACAAAAGACAUCAACAAAAGGAUGAAAUUUAUAUGGUCUUGAGGUUUUGUAUUGAGCAUUUAAGAGAGGUUAAAGCUUCCAAUUUUAUCGAAGAUGAGUUGAAUUAGAUUUGAAAUGAUUUAGAGUGGCUCAGCUUUAUAAGUUGGAGUUGUAAAUCUGAGAGGACCUUCCGAAGCAGUUUGAAGGAGAUUUCUCCAACCUAUUGCAUGACAGUUCAAAUGAUCAUCCACCUGUAUUUUUUAGAUGACUCAUUAAGUCAUUUAACAAGUCUAAUGACUAAAAGUGAAUGUGAAUUUAUGCUCAUUUGGUUAAGUUCAAUAAAGCUCCUACUGGUUUAUCAAUAAAUAAAUAAAGCUCCUACUGCUAACUUAUUCAAAUAUAUAAUGUAACUUCUCUGAAGUUCCUAAAGUGGUUUGCAAGAAAUAAGUAGAGCUUUCCUUGCAGGCUGUAUCUAGCAUUCCAAGAACCACUACUGGAUGCAGCACUGGCAACAUCGUACUCAACAACCAAAACCAGAAACUCGAUUGGGGCUACCAUGGUUUUGAGAGGAUCUGCAAAACUGACAUUUUCUCAAGGAAGUAAUCUGUCCUAGUGACUGUAUUUAUUUAAUAUGUUAUAAAAAUUGUACAUGGCAUUUUUUUAGUAUAUGGCAUUUUUUUCCUGCAAUAGGAAACAGAAUCUCAUUCGCUAAACCAGAGAUUGGUUAUAACAAGAUCCAUUUGUAUAUGUAACUUUUUUUUCUUUUUUUAAAUUUUUUAGGAGUGUAUGUAACUCUUGAAAGUUGAAAUUUGCCUUUGUUACUGUUGUGCAACUUAAUUGAAAGCAUUCUUGUAUUUGAUCUUAUAA